AUGUCCGGUUUUGAGGGGGGGAGAUCAUAUAGUGGACCCUAUCCCAAUUUUUCUUUUGCUAGGCCCAUAACGAAAAAACCUACUUUCUUACGAUUACGAGGUUCAUUUGAAUAUGAAAUUCAAUCCUGGAAAUACAGCAUCCCACUUUUUUUUACUACUCAAGGUUUCGAUAUAUUUAGAAAUCGAGAAAUUUCUACUGGGGCGGGUGCUAUCCGAGAACAAUUAGCCGAUUUAGAUUUGCGAAUUAUUAUAGAAAAUUCGUUGGUAGAAUGGAAACAAUUAGGAGAAGAAGGUCCCACGGGGAAUGAAUGGGAAGAUCGAAAAAUUGUAAGAAGAAAAGAUUUUUUAGUUAGACGUAUGGAAUUAGCUAAGCAUUUUAUUCGAACAAAUAUAGAACCGGAAUGGAUGAUUUUAUGUCUCUUACCGGUUCUGCCUCCCGAGUUGAGACCCAUCAUUCAGAUAGAAGGGGGUAAACUGAUGAGUUCAGAUAUUAAUGAACUCUAUAGAAGAGUUAUCUAUCGGAACAAUACUCUUACUGAUCUAUUAACAACAAGUAGAUCUACACCAGGGGAAUUAGUAAUGUGUCAGGAAAAAUUGGUACAAGAAGCCGUGGAUACACUUCUUGAUAAUGGAAUCCGUGGACAACCCAUGAGGGAUGGUCAUAAUAAGGUUUACAAGUCAUUUUCAGAUGUAAUUGAAGGAAAAGAGGGAAGAUUUCGCGAGACUCUGCUUGGCAAACGGGUCGAUUAUUCGGGGCGUUCGGUGAUUGUCGUUGGACCCUCACUUUCAUUACAUCGCUGUGGAUUGCCUCGCGAAAUAGCAAUAGAGCUCUUCCAGACAUUUGUAAUUCGUGGUCUAAUUAGACAACAUCUGGCUUCGAACAUAGGAGUUGCUAAGAGUCAAAUUCGUGAAAAAAAGCCGAUUGUCUGGGAAAUCCUUCAAGAAGUUAUGCAGGGGCAUCCCGUAUUACUGAAUAGAGCACCUACUCUACAUAGAUUAGGCAUACAGUCAUUCCAACCCAUUUUAGUGGAAGGACGCACUAUUUGUUUACAUCCAUUAGUUUGUAAGGGGUUCAAUGCAGACUUUGAUGGGGAUCAAAUGGCUGUUCAUGUGCCUUUAUCUUUAGAAGCUCAAGCAGAGGCUCGUUUACUUAUGUUUUCUCAUAUGAAUCUCUUAUCUCCAGCUAUUGGAGAUCCCAUUUCUGUACCGACUCAAGAUAUGCUGAUUGGACUCUAUGUAUUAACGAGCGGCACUCGUCGAGGUAUUUGUGCAAACAGAUAUAAUCCAUGUAAUCGAAAAAACUAUCAAAAUGAAAGAAUUUACGAAACAAACUAUAAGUAUAUGAAAGAACCCUUUUUUUGCAAUUCCUAUGAUGCAAUUGGAGCUUAUCGGCAGAAAAGAAUCAAUUUAGAUAGUCCUUUGUGGCUUCGGUGGCAAUUAGAUCAACGCGUUAUUGCUUCAAAAGAAGUUCCUAUCGAAGUUCACUAUGAAUCUUUUGGUAACUAUCAUGAGAUUUAUGCACACUAUCUGAUAGUAAGAAGUGUAAAAAAACAAACUUUUUGUAUAUAUAUUCGAACCACAGUUGGUCAUAUUUCUUUUUAUCGAGAAAUCGAGGAAGCUAUACAAGGUUUUUCUCAAGCUUGUUCAUAUGAUACCUAAUAAUAUGGUAUUCAUAAAAAAGAAUUAUAGGACACCCGUGUGAAUUCGGACCUCUCCGAGUCAACUCGGACAUAGUUCCUGACCUAAAAAAUCAAGAUCGAGAAAAGGAAGUUUUGCAAUCAUUGACUCAAACUCAUUGUCGAAUCCCAUUCAGCAGAAUAUGGAGGUACUUAUGGCGGAACGGGCCAAUCUGGUAUUUCACAAUAAAGUGAUAGAUGGAACUGCUAUUAAACGACUUAUUAGCCGAUUAAUAGAUCACUUCGGGAUGGCAUAUACAUCACACAUCCUAGAUCAAGUAAAGACUCUGGGUUUCCAGCAAGCAACUGCUACAUCCAUUUCAUUAGGAAUUGAUGAUCUUUUAACGAUACCUUCUAAGGGCUGGCUUGUCCAAGAUGCUGAACAACAAAGUUUGAUUUUGGAAAAACACCAUCAUUAUGGGAAUGUACAUGCGGUAGAAAAAUUACGCCAAUCUAUUGAGAUAUGGUAUGCUACAAGUGAAUAUUUGCGACAGGAAAUGAAUCCUAAUUUUAGGAUGACGGACCCUUUCAAUCCAGUCCAUAUGAUGUCUUUUUCGGGAGCUAGAGGAAAUGCAUCUCAAGUACAUCAAUUAGUAGGUAUGAGAGGAUUAAUGUCGGAUCCCCAAGGACAAAUGAUUGAUUUACCUAUUCAAAGCAAUUUACGCGAAGGACUGUCUUUAACAGAAUAUAUUAUUUCUUGCUAUGGAGCCCGUAAAGGAGUUGUAGAUACUGCGGUCCGCACAUCAGAUGCUGGAUAUCUUACGCGUCGACUUGUUGAAGUAGUUCAACAUAUUGUUGUACGUCGAACGGAUUGUGGCACUAUCCGAGGGAUUUCUGUGAGUCCUCGAAAUAAAAGUCGGAUGAUGUCAGAAAGAAUUUUUAUCCAAACAUUAAUUGGUCGUGUCUUAGCAGACGAUAUAUAUAUAGGUUCCCGAUGUGUCGCCUUUCGAAAUCAAGAUCUUGGGAUUGGACUUGUCAAUCGAUUCAUAACCUUUGGAACACAAUCAAUAUCUAUUCGAACUCCCUUUACUUGUCGGAGUACAUCUUGGAUCUGUCGAUUAUGUUAUGGCCGGAGUCCCACUCAUGGUGACCUAGUUGAAUUGGGGGAAGCUGUAGGUAUUAUUGCGGGUCAAUCUAUUGGCGAACCGGGGACUCAACUAACAUUAAGAACUUUUCAUACCGGUGGAGUAUUUACAGGAGGUACUGCCGAACAUGUACGAGCCCCUUAUAAUGGAAAAAUCAAAUUUAAUGAGGAUUUGGUUCAUCCUACACGUACACGUCACGGGCAUCCUGCCUUUCUAUGUUAUAUAGACUUGUCUGUAAUUAUUGAGAGCGAAGAUAUUAUACAUAGCGUGACUAUUCCACCAAAAAGUUUUCUUUUAGUUCAAAAUGAUCAAUAUGUGGAAUCAGAACAAGUGAUUGCUGAGAUUCGCGAGGGAACAUCCACUUUUCAUUUUAAAGAGAGGGUUAGAAAAUAUAUUUAUUCUGACUCCGAGGGCGAAAUGCAUUGGAGUACUGAUGUAUCCCAUGCACCCGAAUUUACAUAUAGUAAUGUCCAUCUUUUACCAAAAACAAGUCAUUUAUGGAUAUUAUCAGGAGGUUCUUGUGGAUCUAGUCUAAUUCUUUUUUCGAUCCACAAAGAUCAAGAUCAAAUGAACAUACCCUUUCUUUCCGUCGAAAGAAAAUCUAUUUCUAGCCUCUCAGUGAAUAAUGAUCAAGUGAGCAAAAAAUUUUUCAGUUCAGAUUUUUCUGAUAAAAAAAAAUCUGGGAUUCCCAAUUAUUCAGAAUUGAAUGGAAUCGUAGGUACUAGUCAUUAUAAUUUCAUAUAUUCUGCUAUUUUUCAUGAGAAUUCGGAUUUAUUAGCAAAAAGGCGAAGAAAUAGAUUUCUCAUUCCAUUCCAAUCGAUUCAAGAGCAAGCGAAAGAGUUCAUACCACAUUCAGGUAUCUCGAUUGAAAUACCCAUAAAUGGUAUUUUCCGUAGAAACAGUAUUUUUGCUUUUUUUGAUGAUCCUAGAUACAGAAGAAAGAGUUCCGGAAUUCUUAAAUAUGGAACUCUAAAGGCGGACUCAAUCGUCCAAAAAGAGGAUAUGAUUGAGUAUCGAGGAGUCCAAAAAUUUAAGACAAAAUACGAAAUGAAAGUAGAUCGCUUUUUUUUCAUUCCUGAGGAAGUGCAUAUUUUACCCGAAUCCUCCGCCAUAAUGGUACAGAACUAUAGUAUCAUUGGAGUCGAUACACGAAUCACUUUAAAUAUAAGAAGCCAAGUCGGCGGGUUGAUCCGAGUGGAGAGAAAAAAAAAAAGGAUUGAACUCAAAAUAUUUUCGGGGGAUAUCCAUUUUCCGGACAAGACAGAUAAGAUAUCCCGACAUAGUGGCAUCUUGAUACCGCCAGGAAGGGGAAAAACAAACUCUAAAGAAUCAAAAAAUUUAAAAAUUGGAUUUAUGCCCAACGGAUCACACCAACCAAGAAAAAGUUUUUUGUUUUGGUGCGGCCCGUAGCUACCUAUGAGAUAAUGGACAGUAUAAAUUUAGCAACACUCUUCCCACAAGAUCUCUUUCGGGAAAAGGAUAAUAUUCAACUUCGAGUUUUCAACUAUAUCCUUUAUGGAAAUGGUAAACCAACUCGAGGAAUUUCUGACACAAGUAUUCAAUUGGUUCGCACUUGUUUAGUCUUGAAUUGGGACCAAGACAACAAAAAUUCUUCCCUCGAGGAGGUCCGCGCUUUCGUUGUUGAAGUAAGUACAAAGGGUUUGAUUCGAGAUUUCAUAAGAAUUGGCUUAGUGAAAUCCCAUAUUUCGUAUAUAAGAAAAAGAAAUAAUCCGCCGGAUUCGGGAUUGAUCUCUGCAGAUUCCGUGAAUCCGUUUUAUUCGCUUUCUCCCAAGGCUGGCAUUCUUCAACAAUCGCUUAGACAAAAUCAUGGAACUAUUCGUAUGUUCAGAAAUAAGGAAUCCCAAUCUUUGUUAAUUUUAUCAUCCUCUAAUUGUUUUAGAAUCGGUCCAUUUAAUCAUGUAAAAUAUCACAAUGUUAUAAACCAAUCAAUAAAAAAAAAACCUCUAAUUACAAUUCAAAAUUCGUCGGGCCCCUUAGGAACAGCCAUUCAAAUUUCGAAUUUUUAUUCAUUUUUGCCUUUACUAACUUAUAAUCAGAUCUCUGUAAUUAAAUAUUUGCAACUUGAUAACUUCAAAUAUAUUUUUCAAAUAAUUCACUCUUAUUUAAUAGAUGAAAACGGAAGAAUUUUUAAUCUAGAUCCAUACAGUAACCUUGUUUUGAAUCCAUUCAAAUUGAAUUGGUAUUUUCUUCAUCAAAAUUAUAAUAAUUAUUAUUGUGAGGAAACGUCCACAAUAAUAAGUCUUGGACAAUUUUUUUGUGAAAAUCUAUGUAUAGCCAAAAAAGAACCAUACCUAAAAUCGGGUCAAGUUUUAAUUGUUCAAAGGGAUUCUGUAGUAAUAAGAUCCGCUAAGCCCUAUUUGGCUACUCCGGGAGCAAAAGUUCACGGGCAUUAUAGAGAAAUUCUUUACGAAGGGGAUACAUUAGUUACAUUUAUAUAUGAAAAAUCGAGAUCCGGUGAUAUAACCCAAGGUCUUCCAAAAGUAGAACAGGUGUUAGAAGUCCGCUCGAUUGAUUCAAUAUCACUGAACUUAGAAAAGCGGAUUAAGGGUUGGAACAGGUGUAUAACAAGAAUUCUUGGAAUUCCUUGGGGAUUCUUGAUUGGUGCUGAGCUAACUAUAGUGCAAAGUCGUAUUUCUUUGGUUAAUAAGAUUCAAAAGGUUUAUCGAUCCCAGGGGGUGCAGAUUCAUAAUAGGCAUAUCGAAAUUAUUGUACGUCAAAUAACAUCAAAAGUUUUGGUUUCAGAAGAGGGAAUGUCUAAUGUUUUUUUACCUGGAGAAUUGAUUGGAUUGUUACGAGCAGAACGCACGGGGCGUGCUUUAGAAGAAGCAAUCUGUUAUCGAGCCGUUUUAUUAGGAAUAACUCGAGCAUCUUUGAAUACUCAAAGUUUUAUAUCCGAAGCAAGUUUUCAAGAAACUGCUAGAGUUUUAGCAAAAGCUGCUCUUCGGGGUCGUAUCGAUUGGUUGAAAGGCCUGAAAGAAAAUGUUGUUCUAGGGGGUGUGAUCCCCGCCGGGACCGGGUUCAACAAAGGAUUGGUGCAUUGUUCACGGCAACAUACCAAUAUUCUUUUUGAAAAAAAAACAAAGAAUUUAUCUUUAUUAGAGGGAGAUAUGAGAGAUAUUUUAUUUUAUCACAGGGAAUUUUGUGACUCUUCUAUUUACAAAUCUGCCUUUUCUAGAAUUGAAUAAUUCCUAAUAGCAGAUUCCUGUUUUGAAUUUCAUGUUUUAUUGUUUGCUGUAGUCAUUUGCUUUAAUAAUUUGUUAACACUAAUAAAGAUAAUAAUGAAUACAAAAUAAUGGCUCGGCUCGUGCAUAAACGGACAAGAGAAGGUUCCAUUGGAACAAAUUUUUAUUUUAGUUUUGGGUACCCCCCUUUUAAGUGUGAAAAGAAAUGACAAAAAGAUAUUGGAACAUCGAUUUGGAAGAGAUGAUGAGAGCAGGAGUUCAUUUUGGGCAUGGUACUAGGAAAUGGAAUCCUAGAAUGGCACCUUAUAUUUCUGCAAAGCGUAAAGGUAUUCAUAUUAUAAAUCUGACUAGAACUGCUCGUUUUUUAUCAGAAGCUUGUGAUUUAGUUUUUGAUGCAGCAAGUAGGGGAAAACAAUUCUUAAUUGUUGGGACAAAAAAUAAAGCAGCUGAUUUAGUGUCGCGGGCUGCAAUAAGGGCUCGGUGUCAUUAUGUUAAUAAAAAGUGGCUCGGCGGCAUGUUAACAAAUUGGUCUACUACAGAAAAAAGACUUCAUAAGUUUAGGGACUUGAGAACUGAACAAAAGACAGAGGGAUUCAACCGUCUUCCGAAAAGGGAUGCAGCUGUGUUGAAGAGACAAUUAUCUCGCUUGGAAACAUAUCUAGGCGGGAUUAAAUAUAUGACGGGAUUGCCUGAUAUUGUAAUCAUCAUCGAUCAGCAAGAAGAAUAUACGGCUCUUCGAGAAUGUAUAACUUUGGGAAUUCCAACCAUUUCUUUAAUCGAUACAAAUUGUAAUCCCGAUCUCGCGGAUAUUUCUAUUCCAGCAAAUGAUGACGCUAUAGCUUCAAUUCGAUUCAUUCUUAACAAAUUAGUAUUCGCAAUUUGUGAGGGUCGUUCUAGCUAUAUACAAAAUUCUUGAUUAAUAAUAAGAUAAAUAAAUCAAUUUUUUUUGAGGGAGGGGCUCCCUGUAUUUCGAUUUAUAAAAUCGGUUACUAUUCCUGAAUCAUACAAAAGAAAAAGAGAUAAAAAACUGGGUAUAUUGUGUGAUUCGUUUAGUUGGUAUCCAAAACUAAAAUAAAAAUUCAAGUAAAUAAGUAAAAAAAAAGGGGGGGUCUUGAAUCAAAAUAAUUUAAAGUUCUUAUUUCUGUCAGAGGGCAAUAUGAAUGUUUUAUCAUGUUCCAUCAAUACACUAAUAAAAGAAGGGUUAUAUGAGAUAUCUGGUGUAGAAGUAGGCCAACAUUUCUAUUGGCAAAUAGGGGGGUUCCAAGUCCAUGCGCAAGUCCUUAUUACUUCUUGGGUUGUAAUUGCUAUCUUAUUAGGUUCCGCAGCUCUAGCGGUUCGCAAUCCACAAACCAUUCCAACUGGCGGCCAAAACUUCUUUGAAUUUGUCCUUGAAUUCAUUCGAGAUGUGAGUCAAACCCAGAUUGGAGAAGAAUACGGUCCAUGGGUUCCCUUUAUUGGAACCCUGUUUUUAUUUAUUUUUGUUUCUAACUGGUCAGGAGCCCUUUUACCGUGGAAAAUUAUCCAGUUACCUCAAGGGGAGUUAGCAGCACCAACGAAUGAUAUAAAUACGACGGUUGCUUUAGCUUUACUCACAUCAGUAGCAUAUUUUUAUGCGGGUCUUAGCAAAAAAGGAUUAGGGUAUUUCAGUAAAUACAUUCAACCAACUCCAAUUCUUUUACCCAUUAACAUCUUAGAAGAUUUUACAAAACCCCUAUCACUGAGUUUUCGACUUUUCGGAAAUAUAUUAGCCGAUGAAUUAGUAGUUGUUGUUCUUGUUUCUUUAGUACCUUUAGUGGUUCCUAUACCUGUCAUGUUCCUUGGAUUAUUUACAAGCGGGAUUCAAGCUCUCAUUUUUGCCACUUUAGCUGCGGCUUAUAUAGGUGAAUCCAUGGAGGGUCAUCAUUAACUAUUUUUUUUUUUCAAAUUUAGGUUAGCCCAAUUAUCGAAUAGUUGGUUUACGUUAUGUAAGAAACACUUGUAUAUGUCAUAUUUGAUAUUGACUAGGUAUAUAUAAGUUAAAGAUCUAUAUAAUCUGCCCCACUAUUUUUGUGAAUUUCUAUUUAGAUAACGAUUCGAUUAUAAGUUCUUACUUUUUAUCUGUGAAUUGGCUGAAAAAAACGAUCAAAAAAAGAACGAAGAAUUAAAAGAAAAGAAUGGUUCACAAAAAAGAAACGGCAUAAAAAAGUCGUAUAUAUAUAUAUUAUGCAUUUUUCAAAAUCCCGUGGAUAGGAA